AAUGAAACCAUCAAUACCUAUCGUUUCUAAUAACUUAUCUCAGGACGCACUCUCAUGGUAUAUUGUCGGUUCUUAUCUAGGUGGUGCUACAGAAGGUAGAAUUGCCGCCAUGACAGGCUUAUCAAGACAAAGAAUUCAAUAUACUAUUACCACUUUCCGAAAAACAGGUCUUCCACAUCGAAGAAAACAAACCAUGGACAAAAGAAUGAAAAGAACCAAUACCAAUGAUGUAUCUGAUACAGAUUCACAAAGUAGUUCUGAUGAACAAAGUGACACUGACGACAAUACUGAUAUGAAAAUCAAGAAAGAAGAACCAAAUGACGACCAGAUUGAAUGGAAAAAUUCGAUGCUUCAUCGAAGAAAGAAUAGGUUGGAUGCUACUUUUACUAUUGAUAAUGUCCUUUCCAAUUGUCGAAAGUAUGAAGAAAAGCGUAUACUUCGAUGGCAACAAAGUUUAAAAGCAGAAGGAUCUAUGAUCUUCAGCCAAUCCUCAUCAUCAACAUCAAGCGUACCAAAAUCAUCCUUUUCAUCAACAUCAUCAAGUAUCAACUCAAAUGCUUUAUCGCCAGUAUAUCAUCAACACCGGCAACAACAUCGACAAAGCCAAAACCGCCGUCGUUUCAAUGUAUGGACACAACGGGAUGACAAACGAUUAUUACGACAUGUAUUCAUGCGCGUUGGAUCUUGGGAUGAAGUGGAAACCUUGUUUGAUGGAAGACAUUCGGUGACUGAUUGUAUCAAAAGAUGGGAUGUCUUACAUCAUUAUUUAUUCAAAGAACUUCAAAAGACUGGCACUUCAAACUGGUAAUCACUCUUUCCCUCACUCUCUCCCUCUCUCUCUUUUUUUUUUUUUUAUCGUUUGCUGUGCUCCUGGUGAUCUUCUUUAGUUUUUGUUAGCCCUUUUUUUUAUUUUUAAUAUCCUUCUCUUUUCCACUAAAUUCAAAUCCCAAAUCUAUUCAAUCUAUAUACAUAUCCCCUAUUCUAGUUAGUUCCCCUUAUUCUUCCUUUUAUUUUUAGUAUUCUUAUGUCUUUGUGGCAACAUUUUGAUCCAAGUACAAAUAAAAUAAUAGUUCAAACCAG